AUGAUUACCGCGGCGACCUCAUCGUCUCUGAAUCACUCAUUCGAAUGGGACGAUGAAGUGGCCCGGAGCUACGAAGAAGGACUCGGCUUCGAGAGCGGCAGCGACCCCAACAGCAACUACACGAUACCGGGACCAUUUGCCAAAACUCCGGAAAUAGGAUUUAUUGUGACGGCUGUUCUUGUUACCCUGAUCAUGAUCGUUAUCGUCGUCGGCAAUAUGCUCGUGUGCAUAGCGAUUGCCACGGAGAAGUCUUUGAAAACAACACAGAAUUGGUUUAUAGCGUCGUUGGCAGUGAGUGACUUUCUCAUCGGUUUGCUCAUCAUGCCGUUCUCGUUGGCCCGAGAACUGAUGGGCUACUGGAUUUUCGGUGGACUUUGGUGCGACAUACACGCCGCUCUGGACGUUCUCAUCUGCACCGCAUCAAUCAACAAUUUGUGCUUGAUAUCCUUAGACCGUUACUGGAGCGUGACGCACGCGGUCGAGUACCUGCGAAAACGAACCGCGUCCCGCGCCGUUGUGAUGAUAUGUGGAGUGUGGCUACUCUCAGCGCUGAUUUCCCUACCGCCGUUGAUCGGCUGGCGGAAAAGGUCCGAACAAAAGAAUUCGCUGCCGCAGUGCUCAGUGUCCGAGGAUCUGGGCUACGUUUUAUACUCGGCUCUCGGCAGCUUCUACGUUCCUGCCGUGGUGAUGGUUUUUGUCUACAUCAAAAUCUUCAUGGCCGCUCGAAAACGAGCUCGCCGAGCGAUGGAAAGAAAGAAAACGCUAGCAGCCCGAAACAAAGCAGCUAUUGCGGCGACGCAGCAGCCGUUAGCGGCCCAGCACAGCGUGGCUUCUUCAUGUGACAACAACUCGUUAAGACGACGUGCAGGGUGCGAGAAGAAAUUCUCCCCGCCUCCUAUCGUUAUCGUAAACACUGAGGUCGAGGAAGGAUCACCUGAAUCCGAUGCCUCGAGUCCGCCCAUAUCACCCGACGGAGACACUAUGGGCGUUUCGGCUCUGGAAGCUGAACACCACCUGCUCCGGCACGCCUCGCAUCCUGCCAACCUCACACAACUGGCGCAACAACACGCCGAUACGAAUAUGUCCCAAUUGGCAUUGCAACACCAACAGCUCGAAGCCAAGGCCAGAGCACAGAGACGCGCAACUACUAAUUCCAGUAGCAGUGAAUUUCCAGCCGACAACGCAUCGUCAUCGUCGUCUUCUGAAAAUCACCAACAGCAGUCACAAAUGCCGCCCCCGACGCAAACGCCGUCGGAGCAGCAAGCACAACUACCGAAAGUAGAUUGCCCACAAGAACAACAAUCGCAACAACAACAUAAUCAGCAGCAGCAACCAACUCCACAUGUUGUGACCCUUCAGACUGUCUCGAAUUCCGGUGUUGAAAUGGAUUCGUUACGACCUUUGAGAAUGCGUCAUUCAGAGUCGUGUGGUUCUGGACUCAGUUUGAGUACACAGGAAUAUGGAAUUGAGGAAGGCGAGACGACCAACAGCAGUUCUCAUCAAUCCUCGAGAAUCACGAGAGCCGAUUUGGAGAGAGAGCCCAGUGAACUCCUCGGUUGCCAACGGAAACAGAACGCGGAAAUUCCCAGACAGACAGAAAGUAUAAUUUCACAGUCGCCUCCCAUAGCGACCACGACGACAACGACGACGACAGCAACGACCGCAUCUCCAGCUCCUGUAAACAGUAACGCAGCCCUUGUCGUUGCCAAGCAGCGAAGAACUCAGACAGAAGCUGAGCGAAACCGCAAGAAAAUUGCGAAGGCCCGAGAACGUCGUGCCACGAUGAUUCUUGGCUUGAUCAUGGCUGCAUUCAUCCUCGCAUGGUUGCCGUUUUUUCUGUUCUACGUGUUGGGCGCACUGUGCGAAUCUUGUAAAGUUAACGAAACGAUGUUUGCCGUAGCGUUCUGGCUCGGAUACUGCAACUCGGCUGUGAACCCUAUUAUAUAUACAAUUUUCAAUAGAGAUUUCAGGAGGGCAUUUAGGAAAAUUCUCUUCAAAUAA